AUGAAACAUCCACGCUCCUUGCCUCUUACUUUCGUCAUGUUUCUUCUUUCCGUCCCUCAUCUUGUUCUUCUAUGUUCUGUCUUUACUGCAGCAAAUCCUCUUCAAUACAACUACCCUCGCGCCGUUCCUAUCAACCGCUCGUUUCGCCACCGCCCGCCCACGCAUAUCUUGUCUGUCUUCCAGCCUGGGAUGAUUAAAUGGGAAAUACAGAGCCUACCUUUCAAGUACCGCAAUGUCCAGGGGUAUCUCCGCGAUAUCUCCAGCUUCGAUGGUGUCUUGAACCACAUCGCAGUAGAAGAAGAGAUCGCCGAACACCCGAUUUCCCUUCCGCCAGUUCCCGCCCCUCGUUCGAUGCCGCUAGAAGACUACAUCUCAGAUAACAUGGACGUCAUGUACUAUGGGCUUCUCGGCGUUGGCACACCAUCGCAAUCUCUGUCCGUAGAUAUCGACACUGGAAGCGCAGACUUUUGGCUCCCUGUCAAAUGUACCAACUGCUAUAAUCGCCAAUUUGACGACGCUCAGAGCUCUACCUGCCGAUCCAGUGACGAGUCUUUCUCUGUUUAUUAUGGAUCUGGGUCGGUUUUCGGCACGAUUAUGCAAGACACGAUAACUCUGGACGGGCUUCAAGUUUCUGAUGUCUAUUUCGGUGCGGCAUCAGCUGUGUACGGCGACUUCGUUGAGCUCCCCAAUGAUGGUCUGCUCGGGAUGGCCUUCAGCAACAUCUCACAGUCAAAGAAGCCGACUCUCUUCGAGACUCUUGUCAACAAACAACUAAUCCCUGCCUCAAUGUUCUCUCUUCAUCUCGCCCGCAAUCAAGCAAAAGGCUCUGAAUUGUACCUCGGUGGAAUAGAUCCAUUCAAGGUGACUGGUCCUGUGACCUGGAUCCCGCUUCUGAGCAAGGCAUACUGGUCCGUAUCUAUGGACGCGAUUACGAUCAACGCGCACACCGUCCUGCCCACAUUGGGGACAUGCGCAAUCGUUGAUUCUGGGACAACUUUAAUCUAUCUACCGGCUUCUCAUGCAUCGGCGUUCUAUGCGAUGAUCCCUAGCGCGAAACCAGCACCGGAUUACGGACCUGAAUUCUACUCGUACCGUUGCUCCGACGUCCUCGACAUUGCCUUCUCGUUUGGAGGGCACUCAUUUUCGAUAAACCAAGCUGAUUUCAACCUCGGCCGAACCAGCCAAGGCUCAUCGGACUGCGUUGGUGGAAUCUUGGCUCUCGGUGACGGCUUUCCUUCCGACAUUGCCAUUAUUGGCGACGAGUUUCUCAAAUCCUGGUAUUCGACAUACGAUUCGUCUGGUGUUGGGAGAGUGGGAUUUUCGCCCGAUAUAAACAAUACCUAGAUGUCUAGUAUAAGACCGUUUGGGCCCUCCAAUACAUACACGAGUUUAGUUCGUCUUUGACUUGGAGCGAGGGCCAUAGGUU